AUGCUCUACCAGGGCGUCGAAGACCAUAGCGCCUUUGACAGCAGAAUGCUUAUGAUGCCCAAGCGCGGCGACGCGGGCGGCGGCGGCAGUGGUGCUGCCGCUGUGCGCGCAGCUUCCGCGCAGCCCGGGGACGCCAGCCGCACGCAUAGCGGCGCACACGGCGGUGCGUUUGGCACGACUGGAGGUGCGCUUGACGCAGUGCCUGACACAGAACUCGAUCCCCUGGUCAACUUGUACUAUCCCAUGGCGACGGCGGUCCCGCCUCCGGCUCACAACGACAUCUCAUACAAUUCCAGCGUGCUGUCGUUUUCAGCAGCGUCUCCCAGCUCUCUGUACGACAUGGACUUUUACACGUCAAACUACUCGGGCAGGCCCGAGGCCGGUCGCCUCUCAAACGAGGGGCGUGCUGGCUCCGUGGCCGGUGCUCAGGGCCCUACGGCCCCUGCUGGCCAGCGAGACUCGUUUUUGAGCUACAGCGUGCCCACGGAGCAUAGCCAGAUACGCACUCAGCAGGUAGCUGAGCAAGGUCCCCUUUAUACAGCCAGCCCGCUUUACGGCGCUUCUGCAACAGCUUUCGGGAGCAUAAACGGAAGCGCCUGGGCGGGUCCUUUGGGCACGAACCUCAACCGCGAGGUUCGCAGAAGCAGUUCUCUAGUUAUGCCAGGCGUGCCGAUGCCAAACGUCAACACAGAUUUAAACAUCAAUACAGCCUCCGCCUCAAACCAUAACCCUAACAACACUAAUAACAACUACGAAUAUGAAGACGCAGAAGAAGAUGGAAACGACGAGGCCGAGGAGGAUGCCGAUAAUAGCGACUCGGACAACCAGCCCCACCUUCAGCGCCAGCGCCGCUUCUCGUCUUCUCGCACGCCCUCGACUGGGGCCAUUGCCACCUCGUUCAGCCAGGGCAGCAAGAAGGUCUCGGAUUCCAGACUCUCGGCGCAAGGCUUAGCAGAGGUCCUCAACUUGGAAUCGGCAGAGGAAGCCCUGCGUCGCGAACGCUUUAUCCUGGACAUUUUCGAGCGCGAGCUGCAGUACCCUCUCGGAUACAAAACCUGGGUGCGAGAUACUUCCAAGGAGUAUCGCACGCAAUUGCUGGACCAAUUGCACAGGCGCGUAAGCCAGACAUACCCGGAGUACGAUAAGCCCGUGUUGGAGACAAUCAUCCGGCGCGCAACGUACUACAUGAUGCAGAGUCGGCUACGACGGGAAAGACGCGCCAAAGCCAAGGUGAAGAGAGACGAGGAACGGCGCAGCCGCGGUUCGCGAGGCUCCGAAAAUGGCCACGGCUCUCAGUUUGAACUACCGCACUUCGGGGGCCCAGUGGACCCCGGCUUCUUGAGAUAG